AUGGCUUCGUGGAGUAGCUACGACUCCGAGUCUCAGCCGCUGUCGAAGCUCAGUUUCACAGGUGGCACGAUAUCCAGAAACGUCACCAUCUCGCUCUUCGUCGUUCGCCCGCGCGGGUUCACGGGCAACGUGGCCAUAGGUGCAGGCUCGCUGAGCAAGGCCGUGUGCGGCACCUAG